AUGUAUUUCUCUUCAACAACAACAGUUGAAUGUUUACCGGAUGAAAUAAUCUUAGAAAUCUGCCGGUAUCUUCACUGUAGUCAUGUUCUUUAUUCAUUGUUUGAUUUAAAUUCUCGUAUAAAUCGAUCUAUAACAUCUUAUUGUCAACAUGUAUGGUUCCGUCGAGCAUCAUAUAAACAACUACUUUAUAUAUAUCAAUAUAUUCUACCUCGAAUAGGUUCGUCUGUUCUGUCAUUAACAAUUCAUCCAUUACAUCAAGCAUCCUUUCCAUUGUCAUUUAAACAUCAAAUAUCAAAUAUAUUUACAAAUUUAAAUACUUUAACUUUAACAAGUUGGUCAAGUGAAAAUUUAUUAUCAUUUAUUAUUGAAACAAUACCAGAAAUGAAAUCUUUACAAAAACUUGUUAUUCAAGAAUUAUCAUGUUCAUCACCAAAACAAAAUAUAGAAUUAAUUGAAAAACUUUUUAAUAUAAAAAAUAGUCUGUUAACCAAUAUUAUUUUUGAUUACGAUUGUGAUGCAUUUGAUUUAGUAGAUCAUGGUUUUACUAAUUAUAUUUCAUGUCAUAAUAUACUUAAUUUAACUAUUCAACUUGAUACAUUAAUGGAUUUAUCAUCACUUAUUCAUUUAAUACCAAAUAUACAUCGACUUGAUGUAUCAUUGAAAAAUUCAUCAUUAGGACACGUACCAUUUCGUGUGAAAUUUCCAUUUCUAAAAGAAUUAUCUGUAUGUGCUGUUCAUUGGUAUUCUCAAUUAGAUGAUCUUAAAUCGUUACUUCAGAUUGUACCUUCGAUUGAAAUAUUUUCUUUAACAAUAUCUACUCGUGAUUUUAAUUUAAUUAAUGGUACAAAAAUCCUUUCUAUACUUCCGUCACAACUGAAACAGAUCAACUAUAGUGUUUGCUAUUAUCCAUAUGAAAGUUGGGAGUAUUUUAAUGUUGAUAUUAUUAAAAAAUCAUGGCAAUCUAUUCCUAUGAUAUAUUCAAUUAGUGAAAUUGAUAAACGAAUAUUUCUACAUACACUACCAUAUUCUUCAUCGCGUUUGACAAUAAGAUCUAGUUUAGCUAAAAAUAUGCCUAACAAAGAAAUGUAUCAAAUUUAUUCAAAAAUUGAUCUAAUUCAAGUAUAUUCUAUGAUUAAUGUAGCAGAUACAUUUCCUAUCAUAGGACAAUGUCGUCGUGUACGCGAACUAACUCUUUUUACUGCAAAAGAUUCAACAAUAUCAAAGUCAACAUGUAUAUCUUCAGCUGAUAACAAUAAACAACCGAUAAAACUUCCUUCUCUUGGUCGCCUUGAUAUUCUAACGAUUGAAGGCAUUCCAUGUGGUUUGCAUCAUUUAAAAGACUUACUUGUUGCUGCACCUAAUCUAUGCGUGUUAGUCAUCGACUUAGAUUGUUUGCUUACAUUACUUGACAAUGAAAAUGAACCACUCAUUUUAUAUGUUCUUCUUCAUCGGCACAUACUUGACCUUUGUGUUCGUAUUCCAGAAAAUAAUACCAAUGAUCCAGAAAAUAGUAUUAAUGAUCCAAAAAAUGAAAAUCAACAAAGGAAGAAAUCAAAAUUAACUGUUGAAAAAAUUCAUCUUAUAGCACGAACAUUUAAUCGUGUGAGAAAUCUAACAAUAGAUUAUGAAACAUCAGAUGAAUAUAUUGAAUCAAAUCUAAUAAAAUCAAUCAUACACGAAUUUAAACAACUAGUUAUAUUUCAUAUCUAUGGUAAAAUUCCAGCUGAUAUGAUUGAAUGUGAUAUUCGACAAUGGAUAAUUAAACAAAGUUCUUUUCGUAUAAAAUCUCAAGAUAUAUUUCGAGUUGAGUGUAGUAAUGAAUGGUUUAAGUUGUGGUUAUAA